UAGAUUGGAGUCGAACCGUCCGAGAAGGCAGUGCCCGCCGCCGCCGCCGCCCCCUCAAUCCCCCGGCCCCGCCCCCCAACUCCCUCCGCCUCUCACGCGCGUCGCCGGCCACCGCGCCCCUGCUGUCUCCACCCCGUGCGCAAUCUCUCUCCACUGGGUUUUGAGGGGAACAUGGCGAGGCUGGUGUCGUCUUCCCUCGUCAGGGGGCUCGUGCGGUCGUGCCGCGCGCCCAGCACGGCGACUGUGUCACGACCAACUUUCCAACAGUUCAUGACCUACUCAUCAGGAAUCAGUGGUGAUUCUAACGCGAAUGGGGGCACAAGUGCAACACGAGUAACUGCUGAUACUGAUACACAUCAAGAUUUCCAGCCUACAAGCAAAGGUUCUGAUAUGUCUUUGCAAGACAUUGUUGCUCAGGAUAUCAAGGAGAAUCCAGUCAUUAUCUUCAUGAAGGGUUAUCCUGAAGCUCCCAGGUGUGGAUUCAGUGCACUGGCAGUUAAGGUCCUCCAGCAAUAUGGCGUCUCUAUCACUGCCAGAGAUAUUCUGAGUAAUAUGAAGCUCAAGGAGAGUGUCAAAGCUCACUCUAACUGGCCUACCUUUCCACAAAUAUUUAUCAACGGAGAGUUCGUUGGGGGCUCUGACAUCAUAUUAAGCAUGCACCAGAAAGGUGAACUUAAGGAUUUACUUGGUGAUUCCGCACAAAAGGGCGAGCAAGACAGCGCCCAGUGAAACAAGCUACAGUAUGUUAGCAUUUGCAUGGAGGUGGAUGCUUCCUCUCUGAGUACUCUUUUACUCGACGCUCUUCCUGUGGUGUUCUGUUGUUAUGACGCAGGAUUUUCAUCAUCGUGUUGCCAGCCAUGAUGGAAAUCUCUCGGUUCCAAGAGCAUCCAAGUUUUCGUUUCAUGACAAAUAAAUGCCACUUUUUCAAUACUGUUUUUUGUACGUUGUAAUAGUCAGGUGAUUUCGUUUGGAUUCUAUAUAUUUUGGGCCCCGUUUGCGUUGCAGUAAUAAAUGGUUAGGCUGUUACGUAGUUA